UGACCACUACUCAGUCGUCAGUCGUCGUUCUUCUCAAGCGAAUUCCUAUUUUUUUUCUCUUCUUUGUCUCGUCCUCUUCCUUCUUCCUUCAAGCCCAUUUUUUUUUCCUCUUGUCAAGCCGAAUUGAGGUGUAGUGAAGCAACAUCUGGGGUUUGCAAAAAAAAAAAAAAAAAAUCAUCUCCUCAAGCCUCAAACAGAAUUCCCCUUUUGGUUUCUCUUCUCUCUCGUCCUCUUCCUUAAAACCAUUUUUUUAAUUUAUUUUUUAAUUUAUUUCACCGCAGCAACCACACACCUUGACGCCUGGCUGAAGCUGAACGGCUCGUGCCCGGUUUCCAGGAACUUGCCGCUGCCAACCCCGCUGUCCACGCGGCUCUCGGAGGUCGUUUCACUCUCGCAGACUCGCAGUACGCCGCGGAUCGGAGGCGGAGGAGGUGAUAAGAUUUAGUUUUGAUAGUCAGAAGAGUUUGAUUACUGGAAUGGAGGAGGUAGAAAAAGUUCUGGGGAGAAAUAGCCUUGAAGAUGUGAGUUGGCUUUGUUCCCUUUCAGAUUCAGAGCUUGAUAUGCUGAUAAGUUUAAAGCUGCUGCUCCUCCAACAUGCAAAAGCAAGUGGCCAUGGCAAUCUAGCUGAAAAUUUUGAUCUGAAGAUGCUUCGAGCUCUUGGGUUCAUUUUAAUGGAAUGUCUCAAAGAAAAGGUCAAGAAUUUAUCACUUGCUCCUGACGGGAGUGCUGCAUUUAUGGAUUGUUGCAAUUUAUUGAAAUGUAAUGUUGAGAAAAUUAUGAGCAUCGAGGAGUUAAAGGCAUGUAUUGACCCUAACUCCGUAAAGAGUCUGGCAAAAAGACAGCGCAAAGGUGUGGCCCCUAAUAAGAGGAAUUUCUUACCAAAAAAAAGAAAGGUCAGAGGAAUUAGUCAACUCCAGAGUAUCACGAAAGCUGAUCAAGUAAAGAAGAAAGGCUCAGCUCGGGGUGUACACUGAGGAGAUGAAUUACCAAUUCUCAACACAACCAAGAGGCAUUUUGAAGAAAAGAUUAAGCUUCCCUUAAACCUAUUAAACUGUGCAAAGUCACAAAACAUUGGUUUGAUCAAACUGAUUAGCAAAUCUUACACAAGUCCAUUCUUUGAGUGAAGAUGGAUCCAUUACUUUUUGUUCGUCGUGGAAAUUAUGGGAAAAAAUCUUAGGUGAAAUUAGAAUGAUCUUCUUAAAUGUUGCAUUCAUAUUUUUUUGGAGGUUGUAUAACAGAUUUUCCUAUAUCAUUAGAAAGAUGCAUGUCUAACAUGGAUAUGAGAAAGUGUUUGAUAAAAAUUAUUCAACCCCAUGAUUUUUUA